CAGUCAGACUGCGGUGGGAGGGGCAGGGCCUCUCUCUCACCCGCUCUCACACGUGUCACGGACUGUGCAGCGGGGAAGAUUAAACAUGGCAGGCAAGCAGCAGGAGGCUGCUCUCUGUACACCAGAACAUUUGCUGUAAUAUAAAGGUGUCCCCCUUAUGGAAUUCAAAGAACAGUUCGACAUCAUUUAACUUCAACUUUUGUCUAGUCUUUUGAAGAAUGGGCAUCAUCACUUUACAAGGCAAAAUAGAGAAUUCUCCUGUAAACACCAGUAAUCUAAAUUGCAUGGUUCCUGGGACUAAGUAAUUUAUAAAAUUGCAUGCCGUAUGGACAGUUUGUAAUUAGGAUAAAGAAGCUUGGGGAAAAAAACAAGUAAACCGUAUAUUAAUAAGACAUUAUUUUAAUUGCAUAUUUUGCAAAAACCCACAAUUAUUAAAUGACAAUAUGAUUAUUGUGACUUCCUACAAGAUCUCACUUAGCAUGUCAGCUGUUUGCAUAUGGAAAAGAGAGAGGAAGAUUAUGGUUCAGUCGAUCUCCAAAUGAUUAAAAGUCAAUACCGCAGUUUUGUGACUCGUCUCUUCAGCACCAUCCAAAGAUGUGAAAUUUGAUCCGAGGGCUGCUUUGGGUGGCAAUAAACAGCUGACUCACAUCUGAGGAAAGCACGACAAUGGAAGUUCUCAAAUGAGCAUGCCGCAGGAAUAGGCCACCACCGUCUACUCACGCACACUAAAGGUCUCCAGAUGGCGUUCGCCUGACACCAUGGAGAUUCUGUUCCUGCAAAUGCUUCUUCUGCUGGCUGGCUGUUUAGCUGGGCUUUUCUAUCACCUCUCAGAUCUUUGUCUGGGUGAGAAGAGAACAGUUCAGAACAAGCCUAAUUUCAUAGUCAUUUUGGCAGAUGAUGUUGGAUGGGGGGAUCUUGGGGCCAACUGGGCAGAAACCAAGGACACUCCUAACUUGGAUCAGAUGGCUGCAGAAGGAAUGAGAUUUGUGGAUUUUCAUUCUGCUGCAUCCACUUGCUCCCCAUCCCGUGCCUCCCUGCUCACUGGAAGGCUCGGCAUUCGCAAUGGAGUGACCCACAACUUUGCUGUCACAUCAAUGGGUGGCCUCCCCCUCAACGAGACUACAUUAGCUGAAGUUCUGAAGGAAGCAGGAUACAUCACUGCGGUAAUAGGUAAAUGGCACCUUGGGCACAGCGGCCUCUAUCAUCCCAACUUUCGUGGUUUUGACUAUUACUUCGGGAUCCCCUACAGUCACGACAUGGGUUGCACUGACACCCCAGGCUACAACCUCCCUCCCUGUCCGGCGUGCCCCCGACGCUCUGCAGCCACAAGCAGCCAUGGGAGAGAUUGUUACACCAAGGUGGCUCUUCCUCUCUUUGAAAACAUCACCAUCAUCCAACAACCUGUGAACCUCACUGGGUUGGCUGCAGAGUACGCAGAAAAAGCAACUCAGUUCAUCCAACGUGCAAGGGGUCCAGCACUGCCAUGCCCUGGUGCAGGCUGGACUCCCAAUCCGGAGCUCUCUCCUCCCACGCUGCAGGUGCUGAGAGUCCUGGGAGCAAGUGAAAGCGGACGCCCGUUCUUCCUAUACUUAGCGCUGGCCCAUAUGCACGUGCCCUUGGUCCUCGCUCAGCCUCCCUCCAGCUUCUCCUUCCCUGAGCCAUACCGAGCUGGCCUGAGGGAGAUGGAUGCCCUGGUGGGACGGAUAAAAGACAAAGUUGACGGCUGCGGGAAGGAAAACACAUUCCUUUGGUUCACAGGAGACAAUGGCCCUUGGGCUCAGAAGUGCGAGCUUGCAGGGAGCGUGGGCCCAUUCUCCGGGGCAUGGCAAAGGCAACGAGGUGGGAGUGCAGCCAAGCAAACGACCUGGGAAGGGGGACAUCGUGUUCCAGCGCUGGCUUAUUGGCCUGGCAGGAUACCUGCAAACGUGACGAGCACUGCACUGUUGAGCACCACAGACAUUUUCCCCACCUUGGUGUCCCUGGCAAAGGCAAGCCUGCCUUCCAACAGGCGCUUUGAUGGUUCAGAUGUGUCUGAGAUUCUCUUUGGGCAGUCGCACCAGGGGCACAAGACGUUGUUUCACCCCAAUAGCGGAGCAGCUGGAAAGGCCGGAGAGAUAAAAGCGCUACGGCUGGCUCAAUAUAAGGCAUUUUACACUACAGGCGGGGCGAAAGCCUGUGACGGAAGCAUUGGGCUGGAGGAGCAUCACCAGCCACCGCUCAUUUUUAAUCUGGAUCAAGCCAUUCAGGAGCAGGUGCCUCUGGAUGUGGAGGCUGGCGAGUAUCGCGCUGUGCUACCUGUGAUAACCAGGGCUUUGACAGACUUUCUUCAGGAUAUUGCAACAGACAACGUCUCAACAGCUGAUUACUCUCACGAUCCAGCAGCAAUGCCCUGCUGCAAUCCACAGCACAUAGUUUGCCGAUGUCAGGCUUGCUGCUCUAGCAGUAACAGGGAGCCGUAGACAAUCGUUUCACACUGAAUCAGCUAUCAGGACAGUCUGUGCCAUUCUAGCUGUGCUGUAUGCAAAUAAAGCUAAUGCUGUCUAGACCAGCUCGAA